AUGGCUUCAAGAUCCGAGUUUAUAAUAUUUUUUAUGACACUAUCAUUUGCAUCAAUCUUCCACAUGGCCAUGGCAGGCGAUCCGGAUAUCCUCACAGAUUUUAUAGUUCCACUAGGUUCUCCUGUCGACGAAAACCUCUUCACUUUUACCGGGAUGCGACAACUAGUUGGUGCCCCACCACCUGAAAAGUUCAAGGUACUUAAGGCUAGUAUGGCCGAGUUCCCUAUACUUAAUGGUCAAAGUGUCUCCAUGGCCGUGUUGCAGUACUCGGGUGGCUCUGUUAACCCUCCUCACACACACCCUCGUGCUUCUGAGCUCUUGUUCCUCUUGGAAGGGAGCCUCCAAGUAGGGAUAGUUGACACCACGAACAAGCUUUAUACUCAAACUCUACAAGUAGGCGACAUUUUUGUUUUCCCCAAAGGAUUAGUUCACUUCCAAUACAAUGUUGAUGCUAACAAUACGGCUUUCGCAAUAUCUGCAUUUGGAAGUGCAAGUGCUGGGACCGUGUCGAUUCCUAGCGCAGUUUUCAACACUAGCAUAUCUGAUGCAAUCUUGGCUAAGUCUUUCAAGACCGAUGUUUCCACCAUUCAAAAACUCAAGGCCGGACUUUCCCACUAA